AUGUCUAGGGCGAAAUCGUUCCACGUGCUGUGCAUGGAUGUUGGAUUCUCCAUGUCCAACUCUGCACCGGGUGAAGACUCACCAUUUGACAUGGCCAAACAAGUCAUUCAGAAGUUUGUCCAGCGUCGGGUUUUUGCUGAGGCUAAGGAUGAACUGGCUUUGGUUCUGUUUGGCACAGACUCCACCAAGAACCCGCUGGCUCAAGAUGGCCAGUACCAGAAUAUCACUGUGCACCGCAACCUAAUGGUACCUGACUUUGAUCUCUUGGAGGAGAUUGAGAAUCAAGUCUGCCCGGAGAAUCAACAGGCUGAUUGGUUGGAUGCUCUUGUGGUCUGCAUGGAUAUUCUUCAAACAGGAAUAGAGGGAAAACGUUAUGAUCAACUCAAUAUUUACCUUCUGAGUGACCUCAGUGCUGAAGCAGACUCUGAACAGCUGGAUGUCAUCGUUGAAAACCUGAAGAAGGCGGACAUUACGUUGCAGUUCUUUUUACCCUUCCCUGCUGAAGAUGACUCAAAGGACGAAGCUGGUGAUGCGAGCAGGCGAGGCCCCGGUGGACCAAGUUCGGGGAAAGGGCUGUCCAGAGAACAGAAGACUGGACUAGACAUGGUUAAACACAUCAUGCUCAGUCUGGAUGAGGAGGAGGGCCUCGAUCAGAUUUAUACAUUCAGGAAUGCUAUCGAGGAGCUUUGUAUGUUCAAGAAAAUUGAGAGAAAACCCAUGCCUUGGCCCUGUCAGCUAACCAUCGGCAGCGCGCUGUCCAUCCGCAUUGUCGGCUACAAAGCGGUGACGGAGGAGAAGCUAAAGAAAACAUGGAUCACAGUGGAGGCGCAAAGCAACCAGAAAGACCAUGUGAAGAAAGAGACAGUUUUCUGUCUAGACGAUGAUGACGAGACGGAGGUGCCGAAGGACGACAUCAUUCAAGGUUUUAGCUACGGGAGUGACAUUGUUCCCUUUUCAAAAGUGGAUCAAGAGCAAAUGAAAUACAAACAUGAUGGGAAGUGCUUUGCUGUGUUAGGAUUUACCAACCAAAACAUGGUUCCUCGCCACUCAUUCAUGGGAACUCAGGCCAUCAAGAUCUUUGCUCCAGCCGACGAUGAGCACGCAGGAGUAGCGCUGUCCGCUCUUGUCCGGGCGCUGGACGAGCUGAAAAUGGUGGCCAUUGUUCGCUACGCUUAUGAUCGGCGGUGCAACCCUCAAAUAGGAGCAGCUUUCCCGUGCAUCAAGCUGAACUAUGAGUGUCUCAUUUAUGUUCAGCUGCCCUUCAUGGAAGACCUCCGACACUUCACUUAUGCUUCUCUGAACAGCAAGAAAUUUAGCCCCUCAGAGACACAGCUGCAGGCUGUCGACUCCCUAAUUGACUCAAUGAUGUUGGUGGAAAAAGAUGAAGAUGGAGACUUCAAGGACUUGGUCAAAGUCCACCACAUUCCCAAUCCAGCGUACCAGAGGCUUUUUCAGUGCUUGCAUCAUCGAGCGGUCAAGCCCGGCACGGAACUCCCGCCAAUGGAACCCUGGCUGGUGGCUGUACUGGACCGCCCGGAUGUCAUUAAGGAGCGUUGUCAAGCGCCACUUGAGCAGGUGAAGAAAAGAUUUCCCCUCAAAGUGGUGGAGAAGAAGAAGCCAUUGAAGACAAGCGCUCAGAUCUUUGGGAAAGACUCUGAGCAGCCGGAUGCCAAGAAGGCAAAGGGAGAUGCAGAGGAGGAGGAGGAGUAUAAUCUAGCUGACAUUUCUGAAGGCUCUGUUACUUCAGUCGGAAGCUUUGAUCCCGGCCGUGACUUUUGCCUCCUGAUCAAACAAAAAACACUUACAUUCCAAGAAGCGUGCGAGCAGCUGACUCGCCGGAUAGAACAGUUGCUAGGCAACAAGAACACGCAGUACUACAUGAAAAGCAUCACCUGUAUCCAAGCCUUCCGAGAACAGUCUGUAAAGUUGGGGAAGGCUGAUCUGUACAAUAGCUACCUCCAGUCACUGAAAGGAAACACCGCAAACAGGGGGCUUGAAGCCUUCUGGGACCUUCUGGUUCAAGGCUCCAUAUCUCUUAUCAGCCAGGACGAAGUGGAGGGAAGCUCAGUGUCCAAAACUGAAGCCGCUCAGUUUCUGCGGCCCGAUGAGAAAAAAGACGAGCCAGUCGCAUCAGUGGCAGAUGAUGAUGGUGAUGUUGACGACUUGCUGGACGACAUGUAA